AUGGUCCGAAUUGGGGCCAGCAUUCCCGCCCGAAGAGUCUGGGACCCCCUCCCUCCUCGCCACACCCUGGCUGCCCGCUCCCGCCAGGCCUUGCCGGACCCGCUGGCGUCUACUCUUUCCUGUCACCCACAGUCGCCUCGGGCGGGGAUCGGCACCCCAAGCGCAAAGCUGACGUGCCCCCCCCCGUACCGGUCCCCCCCAUCUCCCACCGCCCAGUCCCCGGCAGCGAUGAGACAGAGCGGCGCCUCCCAGCCCCUGCUGAUCAACAUGUACCUGCCAGAUCCCGUCGGAGAUGGUCUUUUUAAGGAAGGGAAGAGCCCGAGCUGGGGGCCACUGAGCCCCGCGGUGCAGAAAGGCAGCGGACAGAUCCAGUUAUGGCAGUUUCUGCUGGAGCUGCUGGCAGACCGUGCGAACGCCGGCUGCAUCGCGUGGGAGGGCGGUCAUGGCGAGUUCAAGCUCACCGACCCCGACGAGGUGGCCCGACGCUGGGGCGAGCGCAAGAGCAAGCCCAACAUGAACUACGACAAGCUAAGCCGCGCACUGCGCUACUACUACGAUAAAAACAUCAUGAGCAAGGUGCACGGAAAGCGCUACGCCUAUCGAUUUGACUUCCAGGGCCUGGCGCAGGCUUGCCAGCCACCGCCAGCGCACGCCCACGCCGCCGCCGCAGCUGCAGCAGCAGCCGCCGCCGCCCAGGACGGCGCACUCUACAAGCUCCCUGCCGGUCUGGCCCCCCUGCCGUUCCCGGGCCUCUCCAAACUCAACCUUAUGGCAGCCUCAGCCGGCGUCGCGCCCGCUGGCUUCUCCUACUGGCCCGGCCCGAACGCCACCGCUGCAGCCACCGCACUCUACCCCACCCCGGGCUUGCAGCCCCCACCCGGGCCAUUCGGUGCGGUGGCCGCCGCCUCGCACUUAGGGGGUCAUUAUCACUAG